GUUUCUCCAGUUGGUUCAGGAGAAGUUUCCGGAUGCAACUUUGUCUCCAGGAUGGAAGGUGACCUAUGCUCCUCCACUUUUUGUUGCAACCUACACCCGGGCCAUGGUGGAAGACAUGUAUAAUUUGGUUAAAGACUGCCCCCAAGACGUGACGUUUCCAGUCCAUGCUAUGUUGGUUCGCAGCGGCUGGCAGCAUCUGAGCUGGCUCCUCAGCCAAUCACCACGGUUCAGCUUGACUUUGUGGCAAGGUUCGAUCCAUCCAAACGUCAGCGACUUGCUGUUUGUCCGCGACAACUCCAACCCCGCCAGAGUUUACUAUGACAUAUAUGAACCCACGCUGUCGGAAUUUAAGGAGGCUGCAACGAGGCAGAGCCAGUGGAGGAAGUUCUAUCCUGGAGGAGAUUUGAUGGAUUUCCUUCAUCCAACUCACAACUCGGACAACAAGUUGACGCCAGAGGUCAGACGGCGCAGCAGCCUGGCUGUGCGCUGGUUUACAGUCACUGAUCAGGCCUCCCUGCUGGAUCAGCUCUCAGGUGGGGACAGUGGGAUGUUGGUCAUUCGUGUGGCUUCUGACAGCAGCCGACCUGGAGUUCCUGUGGUGGAAGGUUCUGGAGGCAGCUCGGAGCCGCUAACGCUGCAGGACGUCCUUCAGCUGCUGGGGCAGAAUGAUGAUGCCCCCUGGGGCAUCUACCUGCAGAUCCGCACUCAUCAGCUUCUGGAAGCUUCUCUCCACCUGCUGCAGUCGUCCUACAGCGCUGAGGAGCUCUACAGGCCUGUGUGGAUCAGCAUGGAGGGUUUACAGAGCAGCGACCACACAGCGGACUUCGUAUCCACAGUAGAAAGGUUGUUUCCUUACGUCACCUUCGUCAUGGCUGAGCAGAAAUGGCCUCUUGUGAUCCCAGCAGCAGUGGCAGGUUUGUCUCAGAGGGUGGCACUACACCUGAACUCAGCAUCGCUGCCCACAGGACAGGAGGAGCUGCACUCUCUAAUGGAAAUGAUGGACAGAUAUGACUUUAUACUGGAGGCGGACACAAAGACCAACACUGAUGCUCUCACAGUCCUGAUAAGAUUAAUGACCCAACGUACACGAAGAGCAAACCUGUAUGUGAUAUCUGACCAAUGA